CUAUGUGUCUGCAUGUUAGUAAUACUUGUACAAGGUCAAAGUACUAGUCCUUGGGAUAGAAAUAUGAAUUUGUAUUUUUGUAUAUCAUUUUGAAAUAUGACUAAAAUAAACUAUGGUAAUAGCUUAGGAAAAUAAAACAUAAAGCUGAAUUAAAUUAUUUAUUAUAUAAAGGUUUUUCUUUUUUUUCUUUUUUUAAACUUAAACGUGUUUAAAUGUCCUUUCCCAUUCAAUUUAUCCAGCACCUCGGACAGCCGCUCGUCGAAGUGAAGGGUUCCUGCGUCAUCUGGCGGUACAAAUGAAGAACUACAAUUCGAUAGAGUUAGAGUGACUAAACGUUUCUUGUGAUGAAACAACCUGAUGUCGAGCCUUUACUUAAUGAAUCGAUUUAUUACACAACAUAUAUAUAUAUAUAACAAAAUAACCUCCUCAGGGGCUACACUUAGCCAAGAUGGCUAACGAGGCUACAACUUAGAUAGCAGAUUAUUAACGACACAGGACUAAAAAGCCUGGACGUAUUGGAAGGAUGAGUACUUAUACUGUAUAUAUGAACAUCAGACAUGCACCACUAAAGACUCCAACAUCAUCACUGUAUGUGGGUAAAGUGAUAUGGGCAUCACUGGUACAAAGAGAUUCUGCUGAGGACCAGAAAUGUGAAGUGAAGAUCUGGGUCUGUUAACUUUACUUCAUGGUUUAAGCUGAGAGGUUUCUAGAACAGUCUGGGACACUUUGUCUGUCCCAAUAUCUGGGUCGAAUCCUUGGCUGAGAUGUUUGUCUGGCCCACAAUUGAACCUUAGAACUUUGAUCCUUGACCACAGCCACAAAACUAUGAAUGGUGCAUGGAUGUGGGCUGAGAGGCAGCAGGUUUCCCUCAGCCAAUAUGCGGUCCAGCCAUCGCUCUUGACGUCCAAUCAGCUCACAGCUGAUGGGAUUGGAUGUCAGUUCCCAUCCUUGGAUACCUUGACUUGCGCAGGCAAACAAAAAUCUGCGUCAUUGGCGUGGUGCUGGUGCUGGUGCUGAUGCUGGUAGUUGGUGCACCUUCAGCAGCUUCUUGUAUCCUUUGGAACGGUGAUGGAAAACAACCGCUGCUUCGCAAACCGCUUCUCCGACUACAAAGGUGCGCUGCUGCCGGGCCAGAGCGUCGAGGUCAUCGUGCCAACGGUGUUGGCCACCGUGGACAAGGUCCUGAAGAAGGUUCCCAUCAACAGCAGCGACUGUGACGGAGGUCUGUACGAUGGACCGGCCGGGGUGGCGUACAUGCUGUAUCACGUCAGCGAGUGUCCUCUGUUCUCCGAGCAGCGGGACGCGUACUUGAAAACGGCCAAGCAGAUCAUCGACGUGUCGGUCAGAUACGUGGAUGCAGAGCCGGAUAUGAACAUGCGUGCUGCCUUCUUGCUGGGCGGGGCGGGCGUCUACGCCGUGGCCGCGAUGAUCUACAAGUCCCUGGGGUUGGCUGACUUCGUCAAGCCGCUCACCAAAUUCCGUAACCUGUGGGAGGUUUGUGCGCCCAUCAAUUUCCUGGAGUGCGGCUCUGAUGAGCUGUUUGUGGGGCGGGCUGGGUACCUGUGUGCCGCCCUGGUCCUCAGACAGAAACUAGGCAUUGAGAUUCUCAGCAAGGACCAAAUUAAAUCCAUCUGCCAGGCCAUCAUUGAUUCAGGUAAACAGUAUGCACGGAGGAAGAGGAAACCUUUCCCACUCAUGUACUCGUACUACGGAACAGAGUAUCUUGGUGCAGCCCACGGCCUUUCAUCGGUGCUGCAGAUGCUCCUGAGUUACCAGGACAUGCUCAGUGGAGCAGAAAAGGACCUGGUGUGGCAGAGUGUUGAUUUCCUCAUGAAUCAGGAGCAGAACUGUAAUUGGCCCGCAGAGCUAGGCGCCAUCAUCGAGAGGGAGAAUGAGCUGGUGCACUGGUGCCACGGAGCGCCUGGUAUUUAUGGCCAGUCUUUAGCGUUUUCUACCGCACCUCUUUAUUGUUUUCAUGCAGCUUCUUCAUCUUGUCUUGCAGGAGUGGCGUAUCUUUUUGCGAAGGCCUACCUGAUCAAUAAAAAGCCUCAGUAUCUGGACACGUGUAUCCGCAGUGGGGAGCUGGUGUGGCAGAAAGGUUUGCUGAAGAAAGGACCGGGGAUUUGUCAUGGAGUUGCAGGCAGUGCUUAUGUUUUCCUCUUGCUUUAUCGACUCACCGGGAACUCAAAAUACAUCUACCGUGCACAAAGAUUCGCCGAGUUUCUCUUUACAGAGGAAUUUAAGACCGGCUCUCGAUCACUGACAAGUGUCUACAGUCUGUUUGAAGGCCUGUCGGGGACGGUUUGUUUCUUCGUCGACCUUCUUCAGCCAGAACAGUCAGAGUUCCCUCUCUUCAGUGUCUUUGUGUGAAUGGGAACAUGCUGACGAUAAGAGAUGUCAUUUCAUCCUGUUCUGAAGUCCUGUUAGAGGGUGACAUGGUAGAGCUUUUUAGAUUCAGAAUAGACGCUGUGAUUAGAGUGAGAGUGGAGGGAAUAGAUUCUAUUUGUUACAGUCCUAAUGCAGUAGUAGAAUGGUCUUGUUUUGUGUCUGUACUAAACGUAAAUGUUCAGCUUCCAAACUUUGUCAGUCAAGGUUUUCAAACUUCCACAUUCCCACAACAUUAAGAUGGAGGGCAUAAAAAAGUACGGUGAGUAUGAGUAAAAAAAAGCUCUCUGUGUGCCCUGACCCAGCCUCUGUGAUUAGUAGUAUCGUUAAUAGUUUCCGUCUGCAUUACAUACAUGUACUGCAAACCACUGUGAACUCCCGUCUAUAUCCACAAAUGUGCAUAUCAAAAAAGGUUUUUGACAAUUUCAGAUAAAUUUAGGAAAUGAGGUUGAUGCUAUCAAAAAUAGGGAAACACACAUACAAUAUUGCGGCUUUAAUUGUAUCGUGUCCACACAGCUUAGCUUGACCUGGUCUAUUUAAAAUAAUAAAGAUUUUGUAUAUAUACACAAUGUCAUUAGCUAAGGAAAAACUUGAGAAAGUUGAGCUGUGCUUUCAAUCCUUGAAAGAGUCUGCACUAUUUGAACGAGGUUCUUCGUACCUGCUUUUCUAGUGAACACAGGAAGCAUAUUUAGCAAUUUUUUGCCAGAAAGAUGCUGCUCUCAGGUCUGUAAAACAAAUAGCAUUGUUAGCUUACAACAUGGCAAAUACAUCAGAAUCAUAGGAAGAACAAGUGCCACAUAAUGCCUUUAAAUUUUCUACCACUUCACCAGCUCAGCAUCACAUAUCGCCGACCUUUGACUUUGUCUUUAGGGUAAAUAAAAUCUCAACUUGUCUUAACCUUUAGGGAUAGAUGUAGAAGAGAGGCUUUAAAACUGACUACGUUAAAAAAGGUACAGCAAGUAGAACUGAAGGAGUUCAAUAUUAGUCUAUUGUCCUGAUAAUGAUGGUCUUUAUGUGCAGUUUUUUAUGGUUCACCUGUUUGAAAGUAAGGUUGUAGCUGUGUCUUCGUGUAUUUGGUGUUUAGCCAUGUGUUAGAUUCUGUACAACAGUUAUGUUUGAAGUAUUAGUUGUGACAGUAAAGAAUAAAUAUGUCCAACGGUAUAAGUUUGUGGUGGAGAUUAAAAAGAAAAGGGUAAAUCUUUUUACAUUGUAUUUGAGAGUUAUGUUGUACUAAUUACAGUCAACAGAGAAUCUCUUUACAUGAAUGAGGCCUUAACAAAUUUCCAGGUCUGUGACAUGACCAUGUGUCAGAGCAUAAGGAACAACAAUGGAAACUGAAAAUGCUUUGGUCAGAGUAAUGACAUGUAGCAUCACUUGUUAAAUAGCUUGUGAAAAAAUAAAAACAGCAAACCAAAGCAGUUUUCCAGUGCUAACUGUGCCUGUUGUGGAACAUUUGUACACCGUCUGUGUCUUUGUGCUGUUUUUUUGCAUUGGCAGUUGAGCUGUUAAAAAUAAAAUCAAAAGGA